UCGUGUUAGUCUUCAAUAUAAUCGCAAUAAGAGUACUCGAAGAUGUCAAACACAAUUUUUUGCAAAUAAUUCGCCAACGUUAUUCACCAUCUUUUACGAUUGAAAACUGUUAUCAAUAGCUUUGUGUAUCAAAAUAGUUUAUUAAAAUUCUUCAAUCGAUCAAAAUUUAUUCGAGCUUCGCUAUUUACAAGAUGUUGCAAGUAUCAAGCUACAAUAUAAUCAUUGCUGUGAUCCUUUUUUUUCAUAAUAUGAUAAAAUGUGCACCAAAACAGGAAUAUCGUGUAGUCACACAAUUAUCGUAUUUGAAUUAAUUAGUGAGUGAUUUCGUGAGUGUUGUGCAAAGGAGGCGACCUGACACAGUUUGAGAGGAGGAGGAGGUCUCGGAAAUACAUCAGGCGCCAGCGGAGCAACUAGCGACCAAUGUAAUCAACGUAGCAGAUAACUCCGCUGUUACACAUCGGUCGCAAGGUUACAUUUCUAACAGUGUAGAGAGAUGGCAGCGUUGAGUAUAUAAGCCUGCUGUAAGACAAUAUCGCAGCAUAUUGCGUUUAAGAUUACUACUUGACUACCACAAUCAUGGAGAACCCAAAAAUCUAUAGAGAAUUUGACAAAGUACAAAAGAUUAGAAUAUCAUCUAUAAUCGAAGAGUUUGGCGAAGAUUUAAUGAAUAUACGUGGAAAGUGUAUGGACAUUGGCUGUGGUCCUGGAGAUAUAACAAAGGAUUUUUUAUUACCUUCUCUUGACUCAAAUGCACAAAUAAUUGGUACGGAUAUUUCGGAGAGUAUGAUCAAAUAUGCGAAUGAGACAUUUAGUGACAAAAAACAACUUCAAUUUGAAAUAUUGGAUAUUGAAAUUAAAAAUUUGCCUAAGAAAUAUAUUUCUGAAUUUGAUCACAUAUUUUCGUUUCAAACUUUGCAAUGGUGCAAGAACAUUCGACAAGCUUUCAAGAAUAUUUAUCAAAUGCUAAAACCUAAUGCAUCUAUGCUUGUGUAUAUAAUAGCAUCUCAUGAUUUUUUUGAAGUUCUUAAAUUAUUGGAGCAAGACAGCCGCUUUGCACAAUACAUACCUAAUUCGAUGAAAAAUAUUUCGCCGUAUCAAGAUUCAAAAAAUGCUCGCAAAGAAUUACGGGAAUUACUUCAAAGUAUCGGCUUUACAGUUCAUCAUUGCAGUCUUCGAGAGGUGAUAUACUCUGACGAAAAAUCGAUGGUGCUGCAGUUUUUGAGUUCGCUAAUAUGCCUCCUGACAUUUAUUAAAGACAUGCCAUAUGACUUGAUGAAAGAUUUCAAGAACAAAUUUGCAUAUGAAUACAUGAGAAGACAGAUUUAUUAUAAAUCAAUAUAUAAUGAUCAAGAACUUGUAUUAGAUCGAUGUAAAGUGUUAGUAGUUUAUGCACAAAAGAGUGUAUAACAAUUACGUAAAGAUAAUCCAUUACAAAAUAAGACGUUUAUGUAUUGUAACAUUAUUUUUUAAACAGAU